UGCCGCGUGCUCGGCCGCCGGCUACCGCAAGGCAGACGAUGAGAUGUCCGGAACCACAUCACAAACAGAACCCAUAGAUGCCACCGCACGGACGGUCCUCCUCAACCGUCCCCAGAACACCAAGUUUUGUGACAACCAUGUCAGCACAACUAAAUACGGGAUCCUCACGUUCCUGCCUCGUUUCCUGUACGAGCAGAUUCGCCGAGCCGCCAACGCUUUCUUCCUCUUCAUCGCACUCAUGCAGCAAAUCCCAGACGUUUCGCCGACGGGUCGCUACACCACGCUGGUGCCUCUCAUCUUCAUUCUGACGGUGGCCGGGAUUAAGGAGAUCAUUGAGGAUUACAAACGGCACAAAGCAGACAACACCGUGAACAAGAAAAAAACAACAGUGCUGCGUAACGGAGCAUGGCAGACCAUCAUUUGGAAGCAGGUGGCAGUAGGAGACAUUGUGAAGGUGACUAAUGGGCAGCAUCUUCCCGCUGACAUGGUCAUAGUGUCCUCCAGCGAACCGCAGGCCAUGUGCUACACUGAGACCUCUAACCUGGACGGAGAAACCAACCUGAAGAUCAGACAGGGCCUGUCUCUGACGGCUGGUAUACAGACUGUAGAGGAGCUGAUGUCCCUCUCGGGCCGUUUGGAGUGUGAGGGUCCUAACAGACACCUGUAUGACUUCACUGGCACACUGAGACUGGACAACCACAAUCCAGUUCCUCUUGGACCAGAUCAGGUUUUGCUAAGAGGUGCCCAGAUACGGAACACACAAUGGGUUGUGGGUAUUGUAGUCUAUACAGGACAUGACUCCAAACUUAUGCAGAACUCCACCAAAGCACCUCUUAAGCGGUCCAACGUGGAACGGGUCACCAACGUCCAGAUCCUGGUUCUGUUCGGCAUUCUACUGGUCAUGGCCAUAGUGAGUUCUGUGGGCGCUGCCAUCUGGAACAGAGAGCACACAGACGAGGCCUGCUGGUACCUGUCCCGCGCAGGUGAUAUCUCCCUGAACUUCUGGUACAACUUGCUAACCUUCAUCAUCCUCUACAACAACCUCAUCCCCAUCAGUCUACUGGUCACCCUGGAGGUGGUCAAAUUCACACAGGCUCUCUUUAUCAACUGGGAUGUUGAGAUGUACUACGCAGAGACAGACACACCUGCCAUGGCAAGAACGUCCAAUCUUAAUGAAGAACUUGGUCAGGUGCGGUACCUGUUUUCAGAUAAGACAGGCACUCUCACCUGUAAUGUUAUGCACUUUAAGAAAUGCACUAUUGCUGGAAUCACAUACGGACAUUUCCCAGAUCUGGAGUGUGAUCGAUCGAUGGAGGAUUUCAGUAACCUCCCUUCCAGCAGCCACAACUCCACAGAGUUUGACGAUCCAGCCCUCAUUCAGAACAUUGAACGGAAUCAUCCCACAUCUCCUCAGAUCUGUGAAUUUCUGACCAUGAUGGCCGUGUGUCACACUGUCGUUCCUGAGCGAGAAGGAAACCAGAUCAUCUACCAGGCCUCUUCACCAGAUGAGGGAGCGUUAGUGAAGGGUGCCAAAGCACUGGGCUUCGUCUUCACAGCAAGGACCCCUCAUUCUGUCAUCAUUGAGGCAAGGGGCAAGGAGAAGACGUAUGAAUUACUGAACGUUCUGGAAUUUUCCAGUAACCGAAAACGCAUGUCGGUCGUUGUCAGAACUCCAAAUGGGAAACUGCGUUUGUACUGCAAGGGAGCAGAUAAUGUCAUCUUUGAGCGCUUAGCCGAGGCCUCGCAGUACAAAGAGCUGACCAUAGCUCAAUUAGAGCAGUUUGCCACUGAGGGUCUGAGGACUCUGUGUUUUGCGUAUGUGGACCUGGAGGAGGAGGCGUACCAGGAGUGGUUGAAAGAGUACAACCGCGUGAGCACCGUGCUGAAAGACAGGGCCCAGAAGCUAGAGGAGUGCUACGAACUCCUGGAAAAGGAGCUCCUGUUGUUAGGGGCAACAGCAAUCGAGGACCGUCUGCAGGCGGGAGUGCCAGAGACCAUUGCCACACUCAUGAAGGCUGACAUCAAAAUAUGGGUGCUGACCGGAGACAAGCAGGAGACCGCAAUCAACAUAGGUUACUCCUGCAGACUGGUCACACACGGCAUGUCCCUCAUCAUCGUCAAUGAAGAUUCUCUUGAUGCGACGCGGGCCACGCUGACGGCUCAUUGUGCUUCCUUGGGGGAUUCCCUGGGGAAGGAGAAUGAGCUGGCCCUGAUUAUAGAUGGACAGACACUGAAGUAUGCUCUCUCAUUCGAGGUCCGCCAGUGUUUCCUCGACCUCGCUCUGUCCUGCAAGGCAGUCAUCUGCUGCAGGGUGUCUCCUCUGCAGAAGUCAGAGAUUGUGGACAUGGUGAAGAAGCACGUGAAGGCCAUAACGCUGGCUAUCGGCGAUGGUGCCAAUGACGUGGGCAUGAUUCAGACAGCACACGUCGGUGUUGGCAUCAGUGGUAAUGAAGGCAUGCAGGCCACUAACUCAUCAGAUUACUCUAUUGCCCAGUUUUCCUACCUUGAGAAGCUGCUGCUGGUUCACGGUGCCUGGAGCUAUAACCGGGUUACCAAAUGCAUCCUGUACUGUUUCUAUAAGAAUGUGGUGCUGUAUAUUAUAGAGCUCUGGUUUGCCUUUGUCAAUGGAUUCUCUGGGCAGAUUCUGUUUGAGCGCUGGUGCAUUGGCCUGUACAAUGUGAUCUUUACAGCAUUACCUCCCUUCACACUGGGAAUAUUUGACCGGCCGUGUAGUCAACAAAACAUGCUUCGCUUCCCGCAACUUUACCGCAUUACACAGAAUGCAGACGGCUUCAACACCAAGGUGUUCUGGGGCCACUGUAUAAAUGCACUCAUCCACUCAAUCAUUCUCUUCUGGUUUCCUCUCAAAGUUCUGGAACAUGACACGCCAUUUGACAGUGGUCACAGUGUAGACUACCUGUUUGUGGGGAACAUUGUCUAUACAUAUGUGGUUGUAACUGUGUGUCUGAAGGCUGGAAUGGAAACCACAGCUUGGACCAGGUUCUCUCACCUGGCAGUGUGGGGUAGUAUGAUUCUCUGGAUGCUCUUCUUCGCUGUGUACUCUGCAAUUUGGCCCUCCAUCCCUAUAGCACCAGACAUGCUGGGACAGGCUGGCAGGGUGAUGCAAUGUUGGAGUUUCUGGCUGGGACUUAUACUGGUGCCAGCUGCUUGUCUGCUCAAAGAUGUGGCUUGGAACGCGGGGAGGCGUACAGUGAGGAAGUCUCUGUUGGAGGAAGUGCAGGAGCUGGAGGCCAGGGCAGUUGACCCUGGAGCAGCAGUGCUCAGAGAUGCCAGCGGGCGCAGUCUGAACGAGCGUGCCCACCUGUUGACCCGUGUCUUCAGGAAAACGCCUUCCAGUGUGGGGCGCUCCAACUCUGUGCAGCAGACCGUGUCUCAUGGCUAUGCUUUCUCACAGGAAGAGCAUGGUGUGGUGUCUCAGUCCCAGGUCGUUCGGUCCUAUGACACCACCCGUCAGCGGCCCAGCCUGUAGCUAGGCAGUGCUUCGCUCAACCCCCCCCCCCAAUGGCGCGGGGGGGUUGCCACG